CGCAGCGCCAGUGGGCAGCAGCAGGUGGGGGAGACGGCCCAGGGACAGGCCCUGCCAGGAGCCAUGAGGGUGGCGUCUGCUGUGCUCUGGCUCCUGGCCCUCGGGGGCCCACCCCAGGCCUGGAGCUCCUGCCCCCCUCGGUGCAGCUGCAGCCUCCACCUCCUGGGUGAUGGCAGCUCGGCCAGGACAGUGGUGUGCAAUGACCCUGACAUGACCCUGCCGCCCGCGUCCGUGCCGCCGGACACCUGCAGACUGCGGCUGGAGCGCACGGCCAUCCGCAGGGUGCGCGCCGAGGCCUUCCGACCGCUCGGCCGCCUGGAGCAGCUGUGGCUGCCGUACAACGCGCUCGGCCAGCUCAGCGCCCUGAUGCUGCGGGGCCUGCGCCGCCUGCGCGAGCUGCGCCUGCCCGGGAACCGCCUGGCCGCCUUCCCCUGGGCUGCGCUCCGGGACGCGCCGCAGCUGCGGCUGCUGGACCUGCAGGCCAACCGCCUGUCGCAGGUGCCGCCCGAGGCCGCGCGCUUCCUGGGGAACCUCACCUUCCUGGACCUGUCCAGCAACCGCCUGCUGAGGCUCCCGCAGGAGCUCCUGGCCACCUGGGCGCGGCUGCACGCGGGGCCCCUGCUCCCAGGCCAGCACACCAGGCUGGUCCUAGGGCUGCAAGACAACCCCUGGGAGUGUGACUGCCGGCUGCAUGACCUGGUGCACCUCCUGGAGGGCUGGGCCCCAAGCCUCGCCCUCAUAGAGGCGGGGCUGCGGUGCGCCAGCCCACGCGGCCUGGCUGGAGUGGCCUUCAGCCAGCUGGAACCGAGGAAGUGCCGGAGCCCGGAGCUCCACCCGGGGGUGGCCAGCUUCCGGUCUCCUUUGGGCAGCACAGCACUGCUGCGCUGUGGGGCCACCGGGGUUCCCGGCCCCGAGAUGAGCUGGAGGAGGGCCGAUGGGCACCCACUCAACGGCACAGUGCGCCAGGAAGUCUCCAGGGACGGCACCAGCUGGAGUCUGCUGGGCCUGCCUGCGGUGUCCCACCUGGACUCCGGCGACUACAUCUGCCAGGCCAAGAACUUCCUCGGAGCCUCCGAGACGCUCAUCAGCCUGGUCGUCACUGAGCCCCAGACCUCCACCGAGCGCGGCGGCAGCCCCGAGGCACUGUGGGUGCGGACAGGCAAGGGGGCGGAAGCCGCCUUCUUCAACAGCAAGCUGGUGGCCAGGCAUGUCCCCCGCACCCCCGAGCCUGCUGUCCUGGCCACCUCCCCUCCCGCGCGCAGCCUGAAGGGGCCGAUGGUCCAGCACUUCCCGAUGGGCGCCUCGGGAGGGCGCUCGCAAGGGCCGACGGGACCCCAGGAGACCCAGAUGGUGAGGUCUCUCAAGGUGGUGGGGGACACUUACCAGAGUGUGACCUUGCUGUGGAAGGCCCCCCUGGCUGGGAACUCAACGGCCCUCAGCGUCCUUUACGCCGUCUUUGGGCAGCACGACAUGCGGCGGGAGGCCGUGCCGCCUGGGAAGACCAGGGCCACCAUCCGCGGGCUGGUGCCCAAGACCAAGUACGUGGCGUGUGUCUGUGAGUGGGGCCUGGUGCCCCGGAAAGAGCAGUGCGUCAUCUUCUCCACCAACGAGGCGGUGGACGCCGAGGCCACGCAGAGGCUCAUCAACGUGGUGGUGGUCAGUGUGGCUGCGGUCAUCGCCCUGCCCCUCACGCUGCUCGUGUGCUACAGCGGGCUCCAGCGGCGCUGCCGCAAGUGCCACGCCCGGGGGGCCCCUGAGGCCGCCGGGGCCUACGUCAGCCUGGAGAGGCUGGGCCACAGUGAGGACGGCUCGGAGGCGCUGUCCGGGCGCAGCCUCAGCGAAGCUGCCGGGCUGCUCUCCGCCCGGUCCAGCCUGGACGCUCAGCUCCUGGGGGCCGGGGCGGGCAGACGCAUCAGCGAGUACUUCUGCUGAGGGCCUGCUCCCCCGGCACACACAUGCCCACACGCCUGCUCCGACCCCUUCCACCCACACAU